AUGCGUUCUGUGCCGAGAAAGCGCAAGGUUUUGUCUUUUGAAGAAAAGUUUGCGAUUGUAAAUGCGGUUUCCGCGGAUGAGAAAAAGAAGGAGGUUGCUGCACGAUUUAACAUCCCAGCCAGCUCCCUGUCGACGAUAUUGAGUGCGAAGGACAGCAUCCGCGAGGCAGCGGAGUCGGGCACGGGCUCGAAGAAGAAAAGACUGAAGAAGUCAACGUACACUUAUGUGGACAAGGCUGUCUUCACCUGGUUUCUGGACACAAGGGCACGCAACGUGCCCAUAAGUGGCGCAAUCCUGCAGCAGAAAGCGAAGGAUUUUGCGUCUGUUCUUGGCCAUGACAAUUUCAAGGCAAGUAACGGUUGGCUGCAAGGGUUCAAGAGCCGACACGGUGUCGUCGGUAGAGUGAGUAGCGGCGAGUCCUCAUCUGCUGACAGCGAUGCCUCUGCCUCAUGGGUGGCCGAGAAGCUGCCUGGCAUCUUGGACCGCUAUGAGGCGGCGGACUUGUACAACGCCGAUGAAACGGCGUUGUUCUACCAGAUGUUGCCGAAUCGCACGCUGGAGCUUAAAGGGCACGAUUGUCGAGGCGGAAAGUAG